CAGUCUCUGUCAGUACCAGUGUUUCUCCUUUUGGUGAAUCAGCGAAACCGAAAGGAGAGAAAAAUACCUUUGAGUGGAGUGCAACUAUCAUGUCACAUAAUUGCACUAACAGCACCAGUUAUGCUACACAGUACGAGGAUUGGCUACAAGCGACGCAGUACUGGGCGUGGACCUUGACUGCUGUAGGCGGUGUGGGGAACCUGCUCACCAUCUUGGUCAUCCUGCAUCAGCUGUACAUCGGGUACUCGUGGAAGCACCGCCCCCGCAGUUCCCUCAGGCGGCAGGACAGCAACUCCCGCUUCGAGAAACCCGUCCUCCCCUUCGAAGGCCACACCCUCCUCCUGCUUCACCUGAGCUUCUGCGACCUCCUGUACGCCACAGUGAGCAUUCCCCUGACUGCCAUAACCUACGGGUAUGCCCUAGACGGUGCCACGCAGGAGCUCGAAGGCCUGUGCCCGGUCGCCGCCUUCCUGAGGUACACCAACGCCCUGGCGGAGUGGCUGACGCUGGGGCUCCUGGCGUUCCAGCGGUGCGUGGACCUCGGCCGCUGGAGGAGCGCGCGGCUCUUCAAGUCCGCGGCCACCGGGUUCCUCAUCGGCGGCGUCUGGGCGGUCAGCGUCGCCCUCCAGCUCGUGCCCUUCGCUGUGGUAGGAAGCAAGAGGUUCUGGAAUGGUAAUGGAACAGUCCGGACAAUAUUGGUACGUUUGGGACGAUAUCAGGACGCCCUUGCAAAGGUACCGGGAACCUACCAUAACGUUAAAAAAUCAGCUGGAUCGGUAGCUAGAAGUUGGAAUAACUCAGGACGUUUGGUGAACGCACUAAGUUACCGUUGCCUAAGUUGCGUUAACGAUCUAAUGCCCUGGUCAGACUGGUCUAACGUAAGAGUAGCACAUGGGACAUGCCACCACCGCCGCCAAGAAGGCUUCUCGAUAAAUAGAAACAUUAGAAUCAAAAUUACGGACUCAAUGGGCGGCUACGGCUACUCCUGCGAAAACUUCAAGUGCGACAUAACGAACGGUGUCCUGAAGACUAUUUUCUACGCCAUCCAGUCGCUCCUGCCGUGCUUCAUGAUGUUCACAGGAUGCGUAGGACUCUUGUACCAGCUGCGAAAGUAUACCAAGGAGAUGGAGAACAUGAAAAUGGUCUCGAACGUGUCACGGAAGCGUCUGGUGAAGUCCUCCAUCCUCGUCCUAUCCCUCCUGCUCCUCUUCCUCGUCUGCGUGGUCCCCAUCUGCAUCCACAACCUCAUUCCGAAGGACGUCGUCAGCCCAGAAGUCCACAUCCCCGCCGGGCUCUUCUUAUACAAGAUCUACUAUCUACAAUAUGCGAUUAACUUCAUGCUGUACAACAUCAUGAGCGCCAACUUCAGGAGUGCCUAUCGCCGUUUCUUCAGCCUGUUCUUCCCUUCCUGCUGUUCUCCUGUUGGCAACUCGAGCACCAUAUACAGUGUCUCAGCGUCGCAAAGUUGUAGGAGUGAUACACAAAGGGAGACCCUGUCAGUUUGUAAUCAGAGUGAUUCUAUUAAGACGUCUACUAAGUUUUGAAUCACAUAUAGAUACCUUUUUCUAUAAUCUACUGUAGAUAUAUGUAAAUGUGUGUAUGUGUAUGGUUUAUAUAUAUAUAAGU